ACAGAUAAACAUUAUAAUAAUAAAUCGUAAUUCGUAAUAAACUUAAACACAUUUUACGUAUCAAAAGGGUAGAUUAGUAAGAUAUUAUAUUUUAGAUGUUCUAAAUUUCUAAACAGUUGUAUACAGUUGUUACUUCGUCCGUACCUGUUCCGUUUCCAUCCUCUGUAGUUCCGAGUCGAGAUUUCAGCUUAAUAGAACACAGAAAGAUUAUGGAAACUGACAAAAUUUCAAUUUUGGAAAAAUGUGUUGCUGCUUUAGAACUGAAAGUAUACGGUAUAAACAAAGAAGCGCAAGCUUCUCUGCCAAGUAGUAGCCUUCUUGAAGAAGUCAAACAAGUUGACAAUAACAUUGGUAAUGCAUGUAUUGGUCAUCCAUAUGCUACUACUUUACUUAGUCAUGUAAAGCUUUUGGACAAGUUGAUGGAUCCUUUCUAUGAAGACUAUCAACCAGAAUUAUCUAAACGAGAAGUGAUACUUUCUGCUGAAGCUGAAAUAAUUGGAUAUGCUCAACAACUCCAACAGCUUAAUGAAAAAUGGCCGGCUCUAAAUGAUAAGUAUUACAGUGAAAUAGACAAACAUACUGAAGAAAUUGAAAUAUUAGUCGAGAACGAACGCAAACAACGAGAAUUAAUCAAAGAACAAACUGAACACAUACAUACAUUACUAUUCAGGUACGAACAGCUUAUGUUAAAAUUUUCAGUGGCGUUUGAUACAUUAGAAAAAGAAAUUACUGUAUUAGAGUACAAAACUUCAAAAAAACCUGAAGAAGAUUAUGAUAAUGAUAAAUAAUUAUAACAAUAGUGUAAAAUAUGUACAUUUAAUUAUAAAUAUUUUAACUUAAAUAUUUAACUAUAAUCACGUAUUUGUAUAAUAUAAUAUUAUAACUUGUUAAUAAAUAACCUAAAACAUUCUUAUAAAAUACAUACAAACGUAUUAAAAUAUUUAUGCAUUGAAUGCAUUAUUUUAAGCUAAUAAGUUUGUCCUGCCUAAUCUAGUGCUACCUGGUAAUACCUUAGACCAGAGGUAUUCAAACCGUGCGCCGCGUCUCCCAGGGGCGUCGCAGGAGUUGUCGAAGGGAGCCACGUCAUAUAAUUGAAAACCAAUAAAAAAAUUUUAAAUAUUUUUAUGAAAAACGUUUAUUAUUAUCAUUGAGCCACACCGGUAGGGAAACGUUGAAUUGUCUACAGUCUACACUCUAGCACUCUACAAUAAUCAUUCGCUAAAUAUAGCUUUAAUUGGUCGCGUAAGUUGCAAUACCAUCGACUGCCUUUGUUAAAUUAUCAGUGCGUAUGUCGUGUUUGGCAGUAUUAGUCGCGAGUUAAAUUAUCAGUCAUUUUUAAUUUGGGAGCCGUCAACAUUUUGUGAAGACUCAAAGGAGCCUUGGGAUGAAAAAGUUUGAAUACCUCUGCCUUAGACUAAUUAUUGACCAACACCUUACAAGUGACCUCUCAUCAAUAACAUACCACUGUGAACUCCAGAAGAAUGACCUACUUUAUACAUGAUAGAAACUCAAAACUUAAUAUUUGAGCUUAAGGCAAACACAUCUGGCCCAUUAGAUAUUCUGCUAAAGCAUCAAAUAUAUAUAAAAUUCAAACUUUUUAUAACUUUUUUUUUUUUAAUGGGAACUAAGGAGUGCUAGCUCUUCUGAUUGGAGAAAACUUAAAUUUUAUUUUAAACAAGUGUAUACAUUGACAUAUAUAAAUUAAACUAUACACCAAAUAAUAAACUCAUAGAAACCCAUACAUCAAAUUGCAAAGAUAAAGUAGUUUUUAACAGACUAUGUAUAGGUCACUCAAAGAUGUCCCAUGGACGUCUUAUGUACAGAGAAGAGCCUGUAAUGUGCCAAACUUGCGGAGAACCUCCUACAGUCAAGCAUCUCCUUGUCUACAACUGCCGUCAAUCAAAACGAUAUAGAAACUAGAAAAAGCAUAGAAAUGUCUGACAACCUCUUUGAUGCCCUUAGCCCUAUCCAAGGGACACCAACAAAAUCAUCACAUUACUUGUUGAUAUGUACAACUUAUUCUAAGGAAACCAUUUUUUAUUUAUAUGUAACUAAUAUUUUUUUUUUUUUACAAGCUAAUAACCUAGUUUUUAAUGCUGUACCAUGAAUAAUAAUAAAAAAAAA